AUGGCGGGCGCUAAGGGAUCCAAGCACCAGAAAACCAGCGUGACAGCUGGUGGCGAAAAAGAAGUGCAGAAUAAUGCAGCCCCGUAUGGGUUUCUGGGCCAAGAAUGGCUUUCGAAACCGCUGCCAGACAAGGCUUCGACUUAUAGAGUAUUGCAAUGGGCAGUAACGUUCUUGGCUUUUGCAGUGCGGUUCAAGGAUCUCCCAUACCCGCGCGAAGUGGUAUUUGACGAGGUGCAUUUCGGCAAAUUCGCUUCGUACUACCUUGAGAGAACGUACUUUUUUGACGUGCAUCCGCCUUUUGCCAAAAUGCUGAUCGCAUUCGUGGGCUGGCUCGUUGGAUACAAGGGCGCCUUUAAGUUCGAUGACAUCGGACUCAGCUACGACAGCAAUCCGGCGCCAUUCGUGGCCUACCGGUCACUCAGUGCCAUUCUAGGUACUUUGACGGUGCCUGUUGUUUUCAACACUUUGAAGGAACUCAAUUUCAGAGCCGUCACUUGUUUGCUCGGUGCUAUGCUCGUUGCAGUCGAUUGUGCACAAGUUAUCGACUCGCGUUUGAUUCUGCUGGAUGCAACUUUGAUAAUCGCCGUGGCCUUGUCCUUCUACUGCUACGUGCGGUUCUACAAAGUUCAACUAAAAGCACCAUUCUCUUCCCAAUGGUAUGCCUGGUUAUAUGCCACUGGUGCAUCCUUGUCUUUCGUGAUGUCCACCAAAUACGUCGGUGUCAUGACCUAUGCGGCCAUCGGCGCCGCCGUCUCUGUGAACUUGUGGCAACUGCUUGAUGUCAGAGCCGGUUUAUCGGUCAGAAAAUUCGUUAAGCAUUUCUCGCAAAGAUUGAAUGGUCUGAUUUUUGCUCCUUUUGCCCUUUACUUGUUCUGGUUUUAUGUUCAUUUUGCAAUCUUGACUGGAUCGGGUCAAGGUGAUGACUUUAUGUCACCUCAAUUCCAGGAAACUCUGACCGAUUCUCCUCUUGCCAAAGAAGCAAAACAAGUCAACUAUUUCGAUAUCAUUACUUUGAAGCACAAAAAUACAAAUGCUUUUCUCCACUCGCACCCAGAUCGCUAUCCUCUACGUUACGAUGACGGGCGCGUUUCUUCAAAUGGCCAGCAGGUUACUGCGUUCACUAUCGAGGACCCGAACAACCAAUGGGAAGUUUUACCAACCGUGGAAUUGCCAUCGCAGCAUGGACACCCGGUUCAUAUGGAUGACGUCGUUCGUUUCAGACACAUUGUGACUGGCACUUACUUGCUAGCUCAUGACGUUGCUUCUCCUCUUUACCCAACCAACGAGGAAGUCACGACUGCCGAAGAGGAACAAGCUAAUGGCAGUAAUCUGCACGAAACUUUGUUUCAACUUCAGGCGGUCAAUAAAAAUGACAAUGAGCAGAUUUUAAAGACCAAAGCUUCACUGUUCAGAAUCGUUCAUUCUGAUACAACUGUAGCUUUGUGGACCCAUAACGACGUUCUCCUUCCAGAAUGGGGUUUUAGACAGCAAGAGGUUAACGGUAACAAAAAGAUUGUUGACCCGGAAAAUACAUGGUUCAUGGAAACCAUCGUGAACAUCGAUGAUGAGCGCAAGAAGUAUGUCCCCAAGCCUAUUAAAAAGCUUUCGUUUUUCACCAAAUGGUCUGAACUGCAAAGACUGAUGUUUGAACACAAUAACAAAUUGUCUUCAGAUCAUCCAUUUGCGUCUAAUCCAGAAUCUUGGCCAGGAUCUCUUUCCGGUGUUUCCUUCUGGACCAAGGACGAAGAAAAGAAGCAAAUUUACUUCAUUGGUAAUAUACUUGGAUGGUGGUUUCAAGUUAUUUCAAUGGCCCUCUUCUGCGGCAUUGUUGUGGCUGACUUGAUCGUGAGAAGACGGGGGUUGCACCCACUGAACAAAUUGGCAAGAGAAAAACUGUAUGGCCCAUUGUCAUUUUUGUUUGUCGGGUGGCUAUGUCACUAUUUGCCAUUCUUCUUGAUGGGGAGACAAAAGUUUUUACAUCACUACUUGCCGGCUCAUUUGAUCGCUUCCAUGUUUUCUGCUGCCUUAUGGGAAUUUGUUUUCACAGAUAACAAGUCUCUAAAUCUCGAAAGAGAUGAGGAAGAUCCAGCAGUUCCUUACGACUCUAGCCCACGACUCAACUAUAUCUCAUUAUGCCUUUUCGUCGUGGCUAUAUCCAUUGCUCUCAUCUGGUGCUUCGUUUUCUUUUCUCCUAUCAUUUACGGUGAUGUUAGCCUAGAUGUGGCUCAAGUUAAAAGCAGAGAAUGGUUCAAUAUGAAGCUGCAUUUCUCCAAGUAA